AUGAGCACUCUGCCCCAGUAUUUAUUGGGUGGAAUUGCUUUUGUCCUGCUAGCGAUAGUUGUCAAUGUACUCAGCCAGCUGCCCCCAUUCAAAUCACGCAACUCCCCGCCCCUAGUCUUCCACAUGGUCCCCUUCAUCGGCAGUACAAUCAGCUACGGGAUGGAUCCCUACAAAUUCAUGUUCACCAACCGCGCCAAAUACGGCCCAGUAUUCACCUUUAUCCUCCUCGGUCGCAGGAUGACUGUUGCGCUCGGCCCGCGCGGCAACGACCUUAUUCUCAACGGCAAGUUGAGCCAGGUCAGCGCAGAGGACGCGUACACGCACCUAACGACCCCGGUCUUCGGAAAAGACGUCGUGUAUGAUGUCCCAAACAGCGUCCUGAUGGAGCAGAAGAAGUUUGUCAAAUCAGGUCUAUCUGCUGAGAAUCUCAAGAUGUACGUCGAGAUGAUCGCAGACGAGACCAUGCAGUUCCUUAACCGCGACGCGGCUUUCGAAGCGUAUCAAUCACGCGAAAACCGCGUUGGCGAUUUCCAUUGCUUUCAAGCCAUGUCUGAGCUUACCAUUCUCACUGCCAGUCGCACUCUGCAGGGCAAAGAGGUGCGCGAUGGGCUCGACAAGUCGUUUGCCGAUAUGUACCACGACCUCGACGGAGGCUUUACGCCGUUGAAUUUCAUGUUCCCGAAUCUCCCACUACCCUCAUAUCGACGUCGCGACGUUGCCCAGCAGAAGAUGUCGGAUUUCUAUGGAGACAUUAUACGUCGUCGCCGUGCUGACGGCAGCCAUGAGCACGAUAUGAUAGCCUCUUUGAUGGAAUGCACAUAUAAGGAUGGACGCGCAUUGAAUGACCGGGAAAUUGCGCAUAUAAUGAUAGCGCUGUUAAUGGCGGGUCAGCACACAUCAUCAGCGACGAGUAGCUGGGCUCUUUUCCACCUAGGUGCGCAACCGGAUGUAGUGGAGGCAGUGUACGACGAGCAAGUAAGACAGUUUGGUCGCGACGAUGGUACACUCGCGCCUCUCACGCUCGAUGGACUGCGCUCGUGCAGUAUUCUCGACAGUGUCAUCCGCGAGACACUCCGACUUCAUCCGCCCAUUCACUCAAUUUUGCGCAAGGUGCGCACUGAUAUCCCCGUCCCUACGUCUCUUAGUGCACCAUCGGAGCAGGACGCUUAUGUCAUACCGCAAGGACACUACGUCGUUGCGUGCCCAGGCGUUAGCGCUGUCGACCCUUUGCUUUGGAGCGACGCAGAAGCUUUCUCCCCUUCGAGAUGGACCACUCAUAGUAGCGAGAAGGAGCUCGCGGAGAAAGACGAUAAAGGAGAGACGGUGGAUUACGGCUUCGGCGCUAUCUCCAAAGGCACUAGCUCGCCUUAUCAGCCAUUCGGCGCAGGGAGACACAGGUGCAUCGGUGAACAAUUCGCUUACGUUCAGCUGUCGACUAUCAUCGCCACGCUGGUGAGGGAGUUGACGUUUGAAAGCAGGGGCGGUGUGCCUGCGCAGGACUACACUAGCAUGAUCGUCCUUCCCCAGCCAGGCUCGAGAUUGCAUUACAGGCGUAGGCAGUAG